AUGAAAUCAUUUUCAAUCCUCGCAUCGAUUACUCUCGUAUUUGUUUCAUCAAGAAUGAUUCACACAAAAGACAUAGACUAUAGUUAUAGUGGAAUCACGGGACCAAUGUUUUGGGCUGAUUUAGAAGGAAGCGAUGAGAUCUGCAGCUCUGGAAAAUAUCAAUCACCAAUUGAUAUCCCUCAAGAAGAAAUCCAUAAAUUUUCUAAACCUGACUAUGUAACAUUUGAAGAUGCCGAGAACGUCGAAAUCGUUAAUAAUGGUCAUACAAUUCAAAUUUCUAACAAGGAAAAUAUUUUGCCUGCUACAAUGAAGAUUGGAAAUGAUCAUUAUGAUUUGGCACAAUUUCAUUUUCAUACACCUUCCGAACAUCUUGUUGAUGGAAAAUAUUUUGAUGUUGAAGUUCAUUUUGUUUUUCAAACAAAAGAAGGAAAUCUUUCAGUUAUUGGUAUCUUUUAUGAUGUCUCUAAAAAUCAAAAUGAUUUCUUGUGCCCAAUUAUCGAUAAUCUUCCUCUUAAAAAAAACGAUAGUCUUUUAAUUGAGUUUAUUAAACUCUCGUCGGUAUUGGAAGAUAUUGAUUAUAUGAAUCAGGCUUAUACAUAUCCCGGAAGUCUCACCACUCCUCCAUGUAGCGAAGGAGUCAUCUGGUGGGUCAAUAAGAUCGUUCAGCCAAUCAGCUUAAAACAGUACAAACAACUACGUGACGUCAUGGGCUUUAAUUCACGUUUUCCUCAAGUUAUAAAUUAUUAA